GGUGUGUUCCUGACGCGAACUUAGCGGAAGUAACAUUUUCAAAUGAAACAAAUAUGUUUAUCUUUGUUUUAAACACUUUUGAACACAUUCUAGAAGUUUUACAUUAUAUAUUUAGAUAGCUAGCUAAACUAAAUGGCAUCUGUUUUGGAUGACCCGACACUUGCAAGACAUUUUAAAGGCCACAAAGAUGCUGUUACUUGUGCAGAUUUCAGUCCCAACAACAAACAGCUGGCCACUGGAUCCAGUGAUAAAACUCUGAUGAUAUGGAACCUUAAUCCCAAAUCCAGAGCGUUCAGGUUUGUCGGACAUCAGGAUAUCGUAACCGCCGUGCACUUCUCCCCAUCCGGCGAACUGGUGGCUUCUGGAUCAAGGGACAAGACCGUAAGAUUAUGGACACCCAACAUCAAAGGAGACUCGACGGUUUUUAAAGCGCACACAGCCACCGUACGCAGUGUGAACUUCUCCGCCGACGGUCAGAAACUGGUCACCGCUUCGGACGACAAGUCUGUGAAAGUGUGGAGCGUGCAUCGGCAGAAAUUCAUCUACUCCCUCAACCAACACACCAACUGGGUACGCUGUGCCAGGUUUUCUCCAGACGGACGUUUGGUGGCCUCGUGCAGUGACGACCGGACGGUUCGUCUCUGGGACACGUCCACUCGCCUGUGCAUCAACACAUUCACCGAUUACACCGGACCAGCAACAUUUGUGGACUUUAACAGCAGCGGAACCUGCAUCGCGUCCUCAGGAGCAGAUAACACGCUGAAGAUCUGGGACAUGCGAACUAACAAACUCAUUCAGCAUUACCAAGUCCACAGUGCCGCCAUCAACAGCUUCUCCUUCCAUCCAUCGGGGAAUUAUCUGAUCAGUGGCUCCAGCGACAGCACAGUGAAGAUCGUGGACCUGCUGGAGGGACGACUGAUCUACACUCUCCACGGCCACAAGGGUCCAGUUCUGGCUGUGGUGUUCUCUCGAGAAGGAGACCUGUUUGCGACAGGUGGAUGUGAUGGUCAGGUCCUCAUGUGGAAGACCAACUUUGAUGCUCUGAACUACAGGGAGAUGUUGAGCAGUCACAGGAAGCGUGUAACUCCAGAUCCUCCUCCUCACCUGACGGACAUCUUUCCUCGCUCUCCACACGUGCACCUCGCCCACGACUCAGCCGUGCAGAUUAACCCAGUGGUCCCUAACAUCCAAUCAGCUCAUCCUCAGGUGGUGGAUAUUGGAGAAGAUCCGUUCAGUCUGGGUGCGGGUAGACACACCAGUUGGAUCACAGACCCCAGCGAACAUCCCAGCACCAGCACAGGACGCAAUCUUGACAUAUUUACUGACACACACCACCGGGAAGAAGCUUUGGAAGAGGACGAUCUUGAACCACGGCUCACAGACUUGCAGGAGGAACGCUCUGUGACUUCGCCGGCUUUGAGAAGCACGUUAGAACACAUUGUUCAGCAGCUCGACAUCCUGACUCAGACCGUGGCUGUACUGGAAGAGCGUCUCACGCUGACAGAGGACAAGCUGAGAGAGUGUCUAGACAACCAGGCUGUUAUUCUGGAGCAGAUGCAGCAGCAGCCAGACAAAGAGACGAGAGGCGCUGAGGGUCCGGCAGUUUGACACGUGGCCCAUCGUCAGCUUUCAGGGGUCAUCAAAGCUGUUCUGAAGUAUAAGAGACUCCCUCCUCCUGCUUCACAUUUGGGAACCGUCUUCACUUUAGAAGGCAAGAAAAACAGAAAUAAAAGGGAACGGAAGGAAUCGAAGGAAGCACGGGAUGGAAUUCGGAGGGCAGUGAGGGGUUAGAAUGGAGAGCGUGGGGGAUGUUUAAGGGGUGUUUAACAGAUCCUGUAGCAGGCUCUCCCAGAAAUUCAUUAAGUCCCUGCGGAUGAGACAGCUGCAGCUAGGAAAACAUCCCAGCCUUGUUUUGACAGCAGUGAGGGGCGUCAUUCUUCACGACAGCCGGUCCGACGACGCGUCAGGAGAGACAGACAUCUUUUUGUAUCUCUCUCUCUCUCUUUUUCACUUUGUCCUUCUUUGUGUAUGUGUACAUUUAUGUUCAAUAGAAAUAAAUGAGUGUCCUGAA